AUGGCUGCCAACGAAUACUACAACAACAGCUACUCGCAGAAGCCUCAUCCAGCUCUGCCUCACGAUAACGACACUCACGGUGACUCAUGGGGCCACCAGCAGCCCUCGUCUCCGACCCUAGUGGCUGGAGGAUACUCUCACAGCUACGACAACGGCGGCAGAUACGGCCACUACCACUCCAAUUCAGACAACGACCUGGGGGAGAGCCGGAUGGGCCAUAACAAUGACUACUACUCAGAAGACAUUCCGCUCAAGUCAAACGCAGCUAACAACAAGCCUGAGUGGGCGGACGAUACGAGAUACCAUCCUUCUCCUCACGACCUGCCGACCGAACCUUUGAACCUCAGUGAUCCCGUCAGACGGCCGUCUCGAAGGAGGAAGCAUGGUUACUUUGCAAAGAAGAUCCCUUGGGUUACCCAUAUAACAUCUCUGGUGCAGAUCAUCAUAUUCAUAGUCGAAAUUGUUAAAAAUGGUAUGUCUCAUUUUAUAUAUAUAUACCCUCUACUGGUUUUUGUCAAUCUGACUCUGCUAACACUCCAUUCAGCCCAGUUAACAGGAUCUCCCAUCAUGACAAAACCCUCCUUCAACCCCAUGAUCGGCCCAUCGCCCUAUGUCCAGAUAAACCUAGGAGCCAGAUUCGUUCCUUGCAUGCGUAAUGUGGAUAAACUCCAAAACAACCCAAAUACCGUCUUCUUCCCAUGCCCAAACGCGACCACCACGGAUGCCAAAUGUACUCUCUCCGAGCUCUGCGGAUUUGACGGAGUGCCUAAUCCAAAACCAAACGGAAGCCUCGAUGAUAAACCUGAACCAAACCAGUGGUUCCGUUUCAUUGUACCCAUGUUCCUACAUGCUGGUCUUGUGCAUAUUGGUUUCAACCUCUUUGCACAGCUGAGCAUCGGCGCCGAUAUGGAGAGGACUAUCGGUUGGUGGAGAUACGCGAUUGUCUAUUUCUCCAGCGGGAUAUUCGGUUUCGUUCUGGGUGGAAAUUUUGCAGCUCCCGCCAUUGCUUCUACGGGAGCAUCCGGCUGCCUCUUUGGCAUCUUCGCCCUCUGUGUUCUUGACCUCUUCUACACCUGGGGCAAGAAGCAGAGACCAUGGGUCGACCUGACGUUCAUGGUAAUCACGGUAGCAAUCUCAUUUGUUCUGGGGCUGCUCCCUGGCUUGGAUAACUUCUCCCAUAUUGGCGGUUUCCUUACCGGGUUAGUACUAGGAAUCUGCAUCCUUCGAUCACCAGACACCUUGCGAGAACGCAUUGGAGUCAAGACUCCUUACGUCUCCAUGGGUGGUAACCUCGGAGUCGAUGAAGAUCAGAAGAAGUUUUUCAAGCAACCAGUCACCUUUUUCCAGGGUCGUAAACCACUGUGGUGGGGAUGGUGGCUGCUCAGAGCUGGUGCCCUGAUUGGGAUCAUCGUCUCUUUUAUUGUCCUUCUCAACAACUUUUACAAGUACCGCACCACAUGCUCAUGGUGCAAGUACUUGUCAUGCUUGGUAUGUUCCAUUGCCUCAACCAUUUCUUUCUCUUGA